AUGGCGACGGGCUCCGCACGAUAUGUGCGAUACAUUCUUUUCGCCUUCUUCGGCCUCGCCGUUUUUUACUUCAUCUCCCAUUCCAGCUACGAGGGUGUAAGGCUUCAAGAUGGCACAUUCACGAAGCCGGGCGCUCCCGCCAACGGCCAGCAGCAGCAGCAGCAGCAGCAGCAGGGCGAAAACAAGGAUGCCGAGAAGCCAAAGCAGGCACCCCAAUCCGAUGCAAACCGUCCCAAAGUCGGCGAGGCCUACAACCCGAAGGACUGGCCUAUGCCCUUGACCCCGAACGAGCCUGGCUGGGACGAGCUGUCCGGCAUCGCACCCGGCCCGCGCAUGAAUGCUACCUUCGUCACCCUCGCCCGCAACUCUGACGUCUGGGACAUUGCCCGCUCCAUUCGUCAGGUUGAAGACCGCUUUAACCGCCGCUACAACUACGACUGGGUUUUCCUGAACGACAAGCCUUUUGAUGCCACCUUCAAAAAGGUCACGACCUCGCUUGUCUCGGGCAAGACAAUCUACGGCGAGAUCCCCAAGGAGCAUUGGUCUUUCCCCGAGUGGAUUGACCAGGAAAAGGCUCGCAAGGUUCGCGAGGACAUGGCUCAGCGUAAGAUCAUUUACGGCGACUCUGUGAGCUACCGCCACAUGUGCCGUUUCGAGUCUGGCUUCUUCUUCCGCCAGCCCGCCAUGAUGAACUACGACUACUACUGGCGCGUCGAGCCCUCCAUCGAGCUCUUCUGCGAUAUUCACUACGAUCCGUUCCGCUUCAUGAAGGAGAACAACAAGAAGUACAGCUUCGUCCUGAGCUUGUACGAGUACGUCGAGACCAUUCCGACGCUCUGGGACAGCACCAAGAAGUUCAUGAAGAACCACCCCGAGCACAUUGCAGAGGGCAACUCCAUGGGCUUCCUGAGUGAUGACGGCGGUGAUACCUACAACCACUGCCAUUUCUGGUCCAACUUCGAAGUUGGCGACCUGAACUGGCUCCGCUCUCAACAGUACAUCGACUAUUUCGAGUCCCUCGACCAGGACGGCGGUUUCUUCUACGAGCGAUGGGGCGACGCUCCCGUGCACUCGAUUGCUGCCAGUCUCAUGCUGCCCAAGGACCAGAUUCACUUCUUCAACGACAUUGCCUACUACCACGUUCCCUUCACUCAUUGUCCCACUGGGGAGAAGGUCCGACUCGACAGGCGCUGCCACUGCAAUCCCAAGGACAACUUUGACUGGAAGGGCUACUCUUGCACGAGUCGCUACUUCGAGAUCAACGGUUUGGACAAGCCCGAAGGGUACGAGAACCAGCAGGAUUAA